GGCAACUUGGAAAUAACACGAAAGGGACCGUUCUCGCGUUUGUCCACACAAGUUUUUUUUUUUUUUUAAACAAAUCGGUUGCUAUUCAAGAGAAGGACCCGAAGCGGUAUGAUUGUGAUUUAACUUUUUUUUUUCUGGAAAGCGCAGAAAUAACUUGAAUUGUCAAAGGGACAUUUGACUAACUUUUUUUUCUCCUUUUUAUGCUUGGUGGAGCAAAUCAAAGUUGUUGCUUUUUUCUGUGAUUUUUUUUCGCUUUCUCCCACUUGUACUGCGAGGUUUAUUUAAACUCAUCGCAGCACACGGCCGGGACGGGCUGGAAACGUCUACUGAUAAUAAUUUCACCUGUGUAGUUGUCCAUCUAAUAUUUUCGUAUGAAUCUACUCGACCCUUUUUUUAAAAUGACAAACGAGCAAGAUAAGUGUCUCUCUGACGUCCCGAGUCCGAGCACGUCGGAGGACUCGGCCGGGUCUCCGUGCCCGUCCGGAUCCGGGUCCGACGCGGAGAACACCAGACCGCACGACAACAGCCUCCUCCGCGCGGACGGUCCGCUCGGCGAGUUCAAGAAGGACGAGGAGGACAAGUUCCCCGCGUGCAUCCGCGAGGCGGUGUCGCAGGUGCUGAAGGGCUACGACUGGACGCUCGUGCCCAUGCCGGUCCGCGUGAACGGAUCCGGCAAAAACAAGCCGCACGUGAAGAGACCCAUGAACGCCUUCAUGGUGUGGGCACAAGCGGCGCGCCGGAAGCUGGCGGACCAGUACCCGCAUCUCCACAACGCGGAGCUCAGCAAGACGCUCGGGAAGCUGUGGAGGUUACUGAAUGAGGGGGAAAAGCGUCCUUUCGUGCAGGAGGCGGAGCGGCUCCGUGUGCAGCACAAGAAGGAUCACCCCGAUUACAAGUACCAGCCCCGGCGGAGGAAGUCCGGGAAGAACGGGCAGGGCGAGGCAGAGGACGGGGGCGAACAGACCCACAUCUCCCCGAACGCCAUCUUCAAGGCGCUACAACGCGCGGAUUCCCCCGCGUCCAGCCUGGGCGAGGCGCUCUCUCCCGGAGAUCAUUCAGGGCAGUCCCAGGGCCCCCCCACCCCUCCCAGCACCCCGAAAGCGGAGGCGUCGCAGCAGGGCAGCAAGGCGGAUCUGAAGCGGGAGGGGCGCCCCCUGCAGGAGAGCGCAGGCUCUGCGGGCGCCGGCCGCCAGCUCAACAUCGACUUCCGCGACGUGGACAUCGGCGAGCUGAGCCACAUCGACGCCUUCGACGUCAACGAGUUCGACCAGUACCUGCCCCCCAACUGCCACCCCUACGGGGGCUACGGGUGGGCGGCCAAGCCGCAGAGCCCGGCCGCGGGGGGGGAACAGAGGCCCCCCCACAUUAAAACGGAGCAGCUCAGCCCCGGCCACUACAGCGAACCGCAGCAGAGCUCUGCCCCGCCUCAGCCAAUCAGCUACGGCUCCUUCAGCCUGCAGCAGUGCUCCUCCUAUCCCGGCGCGGCGCGCCCGCAGUGUGAGUACUCCGGCCACCAGGGCGGCUCCACCUCCGCCGGGCCCUACUACUCCCCGGCGCCCGGCCCGUACCCCGCCUUCGCCUACAUGGGCCCCGGGCAGCGGCCCCUGUACACGCCCGUCACAGAACCCACAGGGGCCCCCGCCCUGACCCAAAACUCACACAGCCCCCAGGGCUGGGAGCAGACCCCCGUGUACACACAGCUCUCCAGGCCCUGA